AUGCACUUCCACUCAUGCACAUAACGUCUGCUGACAACAUACCUGACCUCCUUAGGAAAGUGGUACUUUUUGUAUUUUCUUUUUCUUACAUCCCAGAGAGCGUCUCAACAAGCUGAAAACAUGAAGCCCAAAUCUCUUCCAUCAACGUUGUUCAGCUUGAAUUCAGCAACGGUGGAGACUCUACACAUACGAGCAGCAAAAUAUGAGCGACAUGUGGACUGUGUGGAUCACUGGGACAGCCAGCCGGUGGAAGACGACCAUACACAAAGUGAGAAGUGCCGUAGAGAUAUUCAUUUUGCAUUUCUGCCAGAGCGAUAUGAGGCACUGAUAGAUGACGACGCGCACGCCAAGGCAAAAGAAGAGAAGAAGAAGAGGAAGAAAGAAAAGUACAAGAAAGUGAAGAAGAAUGUUGGCAAGGCAAUGCGAGCCACUUGGAAGUGUCUGAUGCUCGGUCUGUACAAUUUUGCCCUCGGCUACUCCACGCCAAUCACAGUGGCUGCUACGUUUGUCCCCGAUUUUCACCCGGGCAGGAGCACAAACUGAGCCGAGGCACGCGCAACUCCUCUCAUCUCUUUGCAAACUGAACUGGACAUUUCAUUAAACCCCAAGACACAGACCAAAGGUUUUUAAUAUGUUUAUAAUGUUAGUAUGUUUGAAAUACUUUUUUUUUUUUUUACACAAACUUUGCACAAAAAGUCAAAAUAUCUUUCUUAUCUUGUAAAAAUAAAUAGUGUUGAAUUUAUUUGGCCCUUUUCACUGCAGAUGUUUUGACUUGCUCUUGUACACGUGCGCUUUUCUUACUUUGAUGUUCUGCUGAUUACUCAUUAAUUCAUUUUCCAUUGAUUGGACAUAGUAUAUGCUUUGUAUCCCAAUUUAUGUUACAUGAUAUGCUCAGUUAAGAUCACAAAAGGAAUGACUAUAAUUACUUUUCUUGUCACAUAAUGCAUUGAAUGUUGUAGAUAUUAAAAAGUCUACUGUGCCUUGUUCCUUUGAGAAUAUGUAUAGCUGGUGUUUGUAUGUGUUCAGAGGGAUAGUGUGGAAGCUGGAGAAGGACGGGAUAAUUACAAAGUGAACCUAUAGAGGAUGUAGUGAUAAGAUAAGUGAUUAAUGGGUCAAUGGGUGUUAUUAAUAACACGUUCACAGUGAAGAAGGAACCGAGCCUCUCAGAUUGGAACAUGAUGCUGUGACGUUAAGGUAGUCCAAAACCUGUGUGUGUGUGUGUGUGUGUGUGUGUGUGUGUGUGUGUGAGAGAGAGAGAGUUUGUUUUGAAGGUUAAAUUUUGAUAUUUGUGAAUAAAUUUUGCACCAAAACUUAGUCAUCUCUUUUGUUUGAUGUAUUUUCUACAAUAAUGGAUCCUGUGUAAAUUGCCGAGUGGUACAAAUAUGACUGGGUUUGUUUAAAGGACCGUUGUAAGGAAGAAUAUAACACGAUACCUAAAUAAAGGAAUGGAGAUAAACCUUGA